AUGGCCAACACCGCAGCCAAAGAGGACCAAGAUCAUCCUGGGUUGGUCUUGGUGACAGGCGGAACCGGUUUCCUUGCAGCCCACUGCAUCCUCCAAUGCCUCGAGCGCGGCUACAGGGUCCGGACCACCGUCCGAUCGUCCCAGCGAGCAGACCAUGUCCGAAGCAUGCUCAAGGCGAGCAGCACCGGCAGUGAUGGUGGUGGUAGCAGUGGUGGUGGCCGAGAAUCCAUCAACCUCGACAGGCUCACCUUCACCGUGGCAGACCUGCUCAAGGACGACGGCUGGGCAGAGGCGGUCCAGGGCUGCACUUACGUCUUGCAUGUCGCCUCGCCGUUUCCUGCCGGGGCGCCCAAGCAUGAGGACGACCUGAUCAUCCCCGCCCGUGAAGGCACCCUUCGAGUGCUGCGCGCCGCACGAGACGCUCGAGUCAAGCGUGUCGUGAUCACCUCGUCCUUUGCUGCUAUCGGCUACGGUCACACCGAGAACGACCACCCGCCCAGCGUGCCCUACACCGAGGACGUGUGGAGCGACGUCAACGGGCCCGGCGUCGGCGCCUACCAGAAGAGCAAGACGUUGGCGGAGCGCGCGGCGUGGGACUUUGUCAACAGCGGCGAGGGCGGCGGAUCGCUCGAGCUCGCCGUGGUCAACCCCGUGGGCAUCUUCGGCCCCGUGCUGGGCACCGACUUCGCGACCUCGAUCAUUCUGGUGCAGCGCCUCCUGAACGGCUCGCUGCCGGGCUGUCCGCAGGUGCAGUUCGGCAUCGUUGACGUGCGCGACGCCGCCGACCUGCACCUCCGCGCCAUGACCGACCCCAAGGCCAAGGGCGAGCGCUUUCUGGCCGUCUCCCCGCCGGGCAUGACCGUCCAGCAAAUCUCGCUGGCGCUGCGCGAGAGGAUGGGCAGCGCGGCCAAGCGCGCGCCCACCAGGACACUGCCCAACUUCCUCCUGAGGCUGGUCGCCCUCUUUGACCCGAGUGUUGCUCUGGUUGUCCCGGAGCUCGGCAAGUUGAAACAAAUCUCCAACGACAAGGCAAAGACACUGUUGGGCUGGCAGCCUCGACCGCCCGUUGAUGCACUGGUGGCGACGGGAGAGAGUCUGAUCAAGUUUGGCAUCGUCAAGACAACAUAACCGGGACCGAAUG